GUAUUAUUAUUAAGAAAACUGCAACCUUUGACUCAUUCUCACACUCACUCUCCCUAAAACCAUAAACCCCACUUAACACUUUCCUCAUUCAUUCACAAUUCACAUACCCUUUUCAUUUCACUCUCAAAGUUUUCAUCUUUCUUCAACUUAUUCAUUCUACUAUACUAUUACUAUAUACUAUAUAUUAUAUACUAUAAGCUUAAUUUAAGCAUUUGAAGUGAAAAAUUGUUUCUUUUUCAUGGAAAACGAAGAUUUUAGCACAAACCCAUUUCACCUUUUGAUCUCUUUUCCAUCUACAAACAUUGAAACAAGGAAGAAAUGGAAGAAAAAUCAAAAGGGUAGUUUCAAAAUCUUAGCUUUUUUACUUUUUCUAGCUUCAACUAUUCAACCUGUUUUAGGACAUUUAUGGGAUGGUGUUGUUGUAACACAAUCUGAUUUUCAAUCUCUAAGGGCUAUUAAAAAUGAACUCAUUGAUUCCAAAGGUUUCUUGAGAAGCUGGAAUGAUUCUGGUUUAGGUGCUUGUUCAGGUGGUUGGGUUGGUAUCAAAUGUUUGAAAGGUGAAGUUGUUGCAAUUCAACUUCCUUGGAAAAGUUUAGGUGGAAGAAUCUCUGAGAAAAUUGGUCAACUUCAAUCUCUUAGAAAACUAAGUCUUCAUGAUAAUUUUCUUGUUGGUUCAAUCCCUUUUUCUCUUGGUUUUCUUCCUAAUCUAAGAGGUGUUUAUCUUUUCAAUAACAAACUUUCAGGUUCUAUUCCUCUUUCUAUUGCUAAUUGUCCAAUGCUUCAAUCUUUUGAUGUUAGUAAUAAUUCUCUUGUUGGUAAAAUUCCAUCUAGUUUAGCAAAUUCAACUAGGAUUUUUAGGAUUAAUUUGAGUUAUAACUCACUUUCUGGUUCUAUUCCUAGCUUAUUCACUAUGUCUCAAACUUUAACUAUUCUUUCUUUGAGUCAUAACAAAAUUGUAGGGUCUAUUCCAAGUGAAAUAGGUAAACUUUCAAGGCUUAGAAUUCUUGAUCUUUCAAACAAUGCAAUCAAUGGUAGUUUUCCUCUUAGUUUCUCUAAUCUCUCUUCUCUUGUUUCAUUAAAUCUUGAAAACAAUCAAAUUGAAAACCAUGUGCCAAAUACUUUAGAAAAUUUACAUAACCUUUCUGUGUUUAAUUUGAAGAACAAUAAAUUUGAUGGCAAAAUUCCAUCAACAAUUGGGAAUCUUUCAAGCAUUAGUCAAAUUGAUUUAUCUCAGAACAAAUUUGUUGGUGAAAUUCCUGAUUCUUUUACUAAACUAGCAAACCUAAGUUCAUUCAAUGUCUCAUACAACAAUCUAUCUGGUCCUGUUCCAUCACUACUUUCAAAAAAAUUCAAUGCUAGUUCAUUUUUUGGUAACAUUGAUCUAUGUGGUUACAUAAGUUCAAAACCAUGUCCUUCAACACCACCACCUCAUAAUCAUCCACUACAAGAAUCUCCUUCUCCAAACCAACAUCACAGGAAACUAAGCACAAAAGACAUAAUCCUCAUUGUAGCAGGUGUUCUACUAUUGAUUUUGCUAUUACUUUGCUGCUUUUUGCUUUGUUGUUUAAUCAGGAAAAGAGCUGCUUCAAGUAGAAACAGUAGCAAAGCUGCUAAAGCUGCUGCAAAUGCUAGGAAUGUUGAAAAAGGUGUUACAAGUGGUGAUGUUGUGUCAGGAGGUGAAGCUGGUGGGAAGCUAGUUCACUUUGAUGGUCCAUUUGUUUUCACUGCUGAUGAUCUUUUAUGUGCUACUGCUGAGAUUAUGGGAAAAAGUGCUUAUGGAACAGCUUAUAAGGCAACAUUGGAAGAUGGUAAUCAAGUUGCUGUGAAGAGGUUGAGAGAGAAGACUACUAAAGGACAUAAGGAGUUUGAAGCUGAAGUUGCUUCACUUGGGAAAAUUAGACAUCCAAAUCUUUUAGCUCUUAGAGCUUACUAUCUUGGACCUAAAGGAGAAAAGCUUCUUGUCUUUGAUUACAUGAGUAGAGGAAGCCUAGCAUCAUUUCUUCAUGCUCGAGGGCCGGAAAUCGUCAUAGAAUGGCCAACAAGAAUGAAAAUAGCAAUUGGAAUCACAAAUGGUCUAAGUUGUCUUCACAACCAAGAAAACAUAGUACAUGGAAACCUCACCUCAAGCAACAUACUGUUAAAUGAGCAAACAAUUCCUCAUAUAACAGAUUUUGGUCUCUCAAGACUAAUGACAACCUCAGCCAACACAAACAUCAUUGCAACAGCAGGAAGUCUUGGAUACAAUGCACCUGAGCUUUCAAAGACAAAGAAACCAACAUCAAAAACUGAUGUUUACAGCCUUGGUGUGAUCCUUUUGGAGCUUUUGACAGGUAAACCGCCCGGCGAACCGACUAAUGGCAUGGAUUUGCCUCAAUGGGUUGCUUCUAUUGUGAAAGAGGAAUGGACUAAUGAAGUGUUUGAUUUGGAACUUAUGAGGGAUGCACCAAGUAUUGGUGAUGAACUUCUUAAUACAUUGAAAUUGGCUUUACAUUGUGUUGAUCCUUCACCAGCUGCUAGACCUGAUGUUAAACAAGUUUUGCAACAAUUGGAGGAGAUUAAGCCUGAAUUGGUUGAAGGUGAUAAUAAUGAUAAUGAUGAUGAUGAUGAUGGAGCUAAGGUUCAAAUAAAUGAAUAAAGGGAAGAAAAGGAUAAUUAAUAUAUAGAUACAUAUAUGUUAAAUUCUUUAUUUUAUUUGUUCAUUCAUUUUAUUAUAUAUAUUGUAUAUAGGUGUGAGGAUUUUGUUUUAUUACAUCAAGUAUUCUUUUUUUAACUAGGUGAAAUAGUGAAUGUCUUUUUAUCAAUUGCUAUUUAAAUUAAGAUUCUUUUGUUUUUUUAUUUGAUUUAAUAUUUUACGUGUUGGAUUCUUCAAUAGAAUAAUAAUAAGGAUUAUGGUGGUUGAAGGUGUA